AACCAUACCUUUACCGGCUCUACUACUCUACUAGUCCCUCCAAAAUUUGUUCCAUUUAUCCAUUUCCUUCCCUGGAGCAUGACGAUCACCAAUAAUGAAAAUUUAACGUUUUACUAAAAGUAAAGUAACUCUUAGACUCUUGCAAUAUGAGCAUGUUCUACAGCACAUGUUUAGACGAGUACUGUCACUACCGUAUUAUCUUCCCAGCCGAUUUGACAAAAGUGGUAUGUUGGGGAUGUGGACAGACACACAAUGUUGAGAAUUUGCUUGAUAAAAAACCCGUGGAGGGCUUAGAAACCAAUAUGAUAAGCCUGGUGACAGACACUCAGACAUCAAACCACAUCAGGGCCUCUCCUGAGACUAUAAAAGUGCUUGGAGUCUCAAACUACCAUCACAAGCUGUUGUCCCAUUUGCUGACGAGUCAUGGGAUGGACAAGGAGACAGGGAAGGCGAAGCCACUGAAAGAGCUCUUACAGAUGACAACCUUCGACUGUAGUGUAUUUGGAGACAGAUGCUUCAGUAUCGAGGAGAGACAUUUGAACAUCAGCGGUUACGGGAGAGAUGAAAGCGGUAGUGCUAGCUACCUGGCAGACACUCUAGCUCUGCUACUGCCGUACAACGAAAAUAUUGACACCCUUGUACCCUUACAUGCGGAUGGUGACGGCCAUUGCUUGGUACAUGCUGUCUCAAGAGCUCUAGUUGGCCGCGAGUUGUUCUGGCACCCUCUGCGGGUCAACUUGAAGAAACACUUCAAGGAUCAUCUUGACACUUAUGAGAAACUUCUAGGCGAUUUCGUCAACAAAUCAGAGUGGUCACGCAUCAUAGAGGAGUGUGAUCCAAACUUUGCAUCACCUGAUGGAAUUGAUGGACUGCGGCCUAUCCAUGUGUUUGGUCUGGCUAAUGUACUGCGCCGACCCAUCCUGCUCUUAGACUCUGUAGCAGGCAUGCAAUCUUGUGCUGAGUACGCAGCUUUGUACCUGCCUGGAUUGUUUACUCCUGAUAAGUGCUGCAACAAAGAAGGCCAACUAAACCCUCCAUUAUGCAUUGCCUGGAGCAGUGGCGCGAGGAACCACUACAUUCCUCUUGUCCCUGUCAAAGAACGGCCACUGCCACAAAUUCCUAAGACUCUUCUGCCUAAAGUGUGGCUGCUUCCCCAGUCUGCACUAGAGCAGUAUUUGAAAUUUAAUGAGAAAAACUGCGUCCUGAUCGGUGGCGAAAAGAGUGUACAAACUAGCUACAUCCUACAACUGACCCGUUCAAUGGAUGAUCUGUUCAUCAGCGAGUACGGUGUUGAUCCUCAACUGGUGACAGACGUCUAUAUUUACCACUAUAAAUACAAGAAUACCGGAAUGAGAAUGAUGUCCAUUGUGGACGAUACAUCAUCAGCUUUAAACCAGCACAGACUGCAGCGAUGUCUAGAAUGUCACGCUGUUAAUCGCCGUAUCGUGAGUGAGGAGUGGUUACGGCCGAGAGGAUUCCUAUAUAUGAUGGCUCAGCGACAAUAUGGGCUCCUAAUGGACGGUAGAAAGUACCCCUUCCAUAUAUAUGGUGUUACAUGCACUUACAACGCCCAAAAAGACUUGUUGGAAGUAGACUCUCCACCAAUUAAAGACAACUGUACAUUUUGCAGUGGCCAACUCCGCACAAUUCAUCCAGAUGGUACUGUAGCCUAUGAGGAUGGAGACAUCACUAUUGAUCCUGUCAAGAACCCUGCAAAUCGUUGCCCUUGCGGCUUUAAACAUUGGUGGAAAGGAAUGGCUUACGAUAAUCCACCAGUAGAGGUCACUUUGUUGCUAAAGUGGAAAGAAGUUAGUGUGACAGACACAAUACACUGGUUCCAGUAUGAGGCCAGUAGCCUGCACAACAGCAACGCACACCAAGUGGCCGCAUACCUGAUUCAGAAACACUUUCCAGGUGAAUUUGGCUCUCAACCGUUGCAGCAAAGCAUUGUCAAUCAAAUUUUAGAGAAGGUAAAAGAAUGUGAAGAAUCACUGCCCAAACAUAUUUUCAAAAAGAUUAAGAUAAAGGAAUCAGAGACCAAAGAGAUUUUACAGGAGAAUUUACCGCUCACCCCUCCAGAUGAAUCUUCAACUGAUAUGAUGGAUCUAGGCUCUAAGAAGGAUGAAGCUAGUGGAUGGACUAACCCUCCACCAUCACCAGUAGACCUACAACGUGAUGAAAUCUCAAGCUCAACAGAAACUACUGCAGAGCGAGACCACCGUAAAGGCCCAGCUAUUACGAUGCUUUCGUCAACGCCAUUACAGCCAGACAAAAUGGCUAUGGAUCGAUUCAUGGACUUGAUGAAACGCUAAGCUUUGUCACCGAGCUCAAUAUAUAGUUAAGGCUCAGUUCGGAUAUUUUCGGAUCCGUAUAGUUCCACUUUUGGUACUUAAUAAACCCAGUCACUGUGGUACCGAGUAAAUACAUUCAAAUUCAAAUAUAUUUACUAUGGAAAUUACAACAGCUUGGCCUCACCAAGUUUAAAAAACUUGUCGGUGAGGUCCAAUUGAUGCAUAAGGCUAACAAACAAUUAGUUUAAAUUUUUUUCUUUUUUUUACAAAGUUUUAUUAAUAUACUAUAUCUCUACAGCGGUUUGUGGCAUGCACUUUAACUUAAUUUUAUUUAUUUAAGUAAUGAUUUGCGUUUACAUCCACAAAAUAAAAAUAUAUACAGGUACUCCUCUAUUUCCUGUAAAUUUUCUUGAUCUGUGCACAUAUUCAACUCCAUGUACUCCUUUUAAAUAGCUUUUAAAUAUCGAUGCUCAUUCAUUUACACUGCUCUAGUCAGUGGAGUUAUCGCUCGUGUGAACUGAUACCUCGCCGGGCCGCCAAAUUCUAGUCACAGCCUGGCAGCUAAAUGGCAGUGUUGCUCAUGUGAACACAAUGUCGACUGCGUGGCUACUAACCUCAGUAGGUUUUUGGCCUCACUAAGAUCAACUCACCACCUUUUUCUCUCUUAUAUCUAUUUGCGCUGUCAAUCUGUCUGCUCUUAAUAUAUCUGUCGGCUGUGCGAUGUCACAAUAGAGACAUCAUUAAUCCAGACUGUUGUUAUCUUACACUUUUACAAGAGUUAUUAUGUUUAAAUAUGAUGUUAUACUUUUUAUCAGUUAUCUUAUAUUUUUAUCAUCUAAAAAAAAUUAUUUGUUUUCAACUACAGGCACAUAAAUGUUUGUUAAUUAUUAUUAUCGACGUGCAUCUGUUCUGCAGGACUGGUUUCCUCACAAAGGUCAAUAACUUAUAAUAUCAUGAUUGCGCAAUAUCAUAUUUAAGGAAUGUUAAAUUACAAAACAUGACUGGAAUGUCUAUUUACAUAGUAUUACAGUGUUUAUUGGGUUUGCUGCUUAUUUUUAACUUGCUAUAACAUUAAUUUAUAUAUUAAUUUAUUUUCUAUAUUUUGUUAAUUAUUUAAAUGUCAAACUAUCUGAUUCCAAAAAUAUCUUAAUCCAAACAUUACAAUAUCCGAGCCGAGCCUUAACUAUCCGAUCCAAACUGUGAACUACUAUAGGAAUGUAGUUCAGUAUGUCUAUCUUUUUGUCAAUAUAUAAGACAUAGUUUUUAUUAUAAAUCAGAUGAUCGGAAACAGCAGGGCUGUGUUUGUGAAUGGAUAGUUUUGGUAGCAGUUCCUUUUACCUUGUGUUGCAUGAGCAAGUGGUUUGUCCAAUGUAAAAACUAGAGCAGCUGUUACAACUGGUAUUAAUUCUAAAACGUUUAUUGGAUUUGUUUCAAAAAGUUUAAUUAAUUUUAUGUAGCAUACAAAGUUUGAUGACACCUAAAUAACGAUAUUGAAACUUUUAAGUUCUGAAAUUUUGUUCACAUAUGACCUUGAAUAAGUUUUUCUCAAUUUGCUCUAGUUUAUUAUUUAAACAUGACAAAAAACGUCAAAUAAAGCUCUAUGUGUGAGUAACUCUUAAUAUGAAUUUUAGAAAAUUUUUAGCUCCACCAUGUCACUACAAAGAUACUUGUGAUAAUACUGUAGGUUACCGAGUCAAGUACUCAAACAAAAGUGAUAUAAAAAACCAAAAGCAGUAUUUAUAUUGAAGUGUAAUUUUCACUGUUUACAGAUUUUCCUUUCUUAAAGUUUUUUGACAUACAGUGUCAUUACUGAACGUGAAUAGUUAGUUAGUUUAGUUGAUUCAACGUUUUUUUUAUUUGAAUACAUGAGCCAAUACAGAUAUAAUUCUAAAUGUAUUUUUGAAACAAAGGUUAAUGUAUUAAAUAUAUUUUAAUAUGAAUGUUUUUGCCUGGUAAAGAGUUGGAAAAUAAUCCCUUUAAAGGAUUAUUUUUGUAAAGUUUUUAAGUCCAAUGUUAGCCAUACCAGGGGAGGCUUGCAUUCCUUAGUCAAAACUCAGUUCCUGUCUUAAGACUGAAAUAUUUAAAUAACACCAGUGUUUACAUUUUGUAUGAAUAGCUUUAUAAGAGCCUUGUAAUAUAGUGUUUUCCUACAUGUUUGGAAGUUACGAAUGUGAAAUGUAUAUUUUUAUACGGAGAAUUAUCAAUUGCUAAGACUUAAAACAUUCCAAUGGACCAAACUUUCCAAUACAAGUUAAUUUAUGGUCCAUGUUAUCGAAUAGACUGAAUACCUACUUGUUUGAAUCUCACCUUUGGCACAACCGUGUAUGGUUACCCCCUGUUACCAAAAAGUGCAAUAACUCACAUGUCAUUUUUGUGUGAAGAUGUUAGAGAAAUUAUAUUGUUAUUCUCGUUUGAAUUAUUUCUUUUUGGAUUAACAACAUGGGAAAGUAAAUAAAGAUUAAGAUCAACAUCAUCCAAAGCCUUAAUUUCACUCUCCAUAUUUAGUUUGAUAGGGAAAUGCAUUUACCAGUAUUGUUGAUUACCUUAUGUAUUUGACUUGAAGCUGUAAGUAGCAUUACUUAUAACUAGAUAUUCUGUUUAGUGUUUAUGUUUCUUCAGAUAUUUAGACAAAUUGUGUUAAAACUUACCAAAAUAUGUCUUUUCUUUAGCUUAUGUUUAUAGUUGUUUUCUCAUUUGUAAUUUUAUCGCCAAAGAAUUUAAUACUAAAUAAGGAAUAAUGAAGUUGACAAAAAAGUAUAGUUUAUUUAAUGUAAUUUAAUUUUUAUUGCAAAAAGUUGUUAAAUGUAACGUAGUCUUUGUUGGAGUUAUUACAAAUUACCUAAAAUAUGCCAACCAAAUAAAUAAAUGUGCUAAACUUAUUAAUUAAUGGCCACAUGAACUACAAUGCUAGUUUCAUACUCCUUAGCAUUGUAAUAAUUGGUUUUAAUUUUUUUAAUCUUACAAUUAAUUUUACCUAAUCAUUGUAUUUUACAAAAUAUUUUACUUACAUUUUAUAAAACUUUUCUUUGGUAAAAUACUAUCCUCUUUCACAUGUUUCAUCAAACUAUCUCAUUGCAUCCACUUCACUUUUGUACUAUUUUACAUUUUCAUUUUACCUUAUUACACUUUAAACUUUUGCAUUUGAACAUUAUUUGGAUACGAUUAGAUGAGAUUUUGUUCUGUGUUCUUGACAAAAUUUGUAUGUACCUCCAACAAGACUUCUUCUUAAUAGUUAUUUUGUUCAUACAUAUUGGAAAUUUUAGUUUAAACAACUAAUCUCAAAAUGAAUGGUGCUCGUUAGUGUAAAGUGAAUCAUCCAAAGAUACGUUAUAAAAGUGACUGUUAAUCUAGUUUGUUUUAUAGUUCCUACUCCACGUAUUGUAUGUUGGGUUUCGACUUGUAACGAAGGGGUACUUGAGCAUGGCUCUUGUGGACCUCAGCAGGAAGUGCCAUGAUGCUUUACUAAAACAGUUAAGCAUUUAUUGUUAGUGUUUAAUGACAAUAAGUAUUAUUACCUAUUGUAUAUUUUCUUGUUAUAAACAUUGUCAUUUUUUAU